AUGAUCGGUCGCAUCUACAAGAUUUCCAACGCUGAUGAUUCAAUAGUAUAUAUUGGGAGUACUGUAAAACCAUUAUGGCAACGAUUUUCGGAGCACAAAUGUAAAUUUAGGCGUUGGAUUAAUGGUGUAGAUAUUAGCAAAACAGCUAUUUACUACCAUUUCCGAGAGCAUGGUGUUGAGAACUUUACAAUUUCACUGAUUAGUGAGCAUGAAAUACCAAAUCGAAAAAGUCUGUUGUCUUUUGAACAGCUUGCAAUUGACUCAACUCAAGGUGUUAUUAAUAAGCAAGCGGCACUUAGAACAAAGGAAGAGAUUCAAGAUCAUAGCGCAGAGCGUAUUGAUUGUGGAUGUCGGGUUUCAUAUCGAAGUUCAAACCGAUCACAACACUGUCGAUCGCGUAAGCAUCAGCAGUUUACUCAAAUGUGA